AUGGUUGGCACACUUUGGCUGUGCGCGGCGCUCUGCUCUUCCCUGUGCAUCGGAUUAGCCUUCGAGGGAUGUGAUGUUGUCGUGGACUCCUCCAUCUGCAUCAAGGACGGGGCGACAGUCCUGCUGCCCAGCGCACGCAGGGACGGCCGAGUGCUGCACUACCGCUUCGACGAGGAGGUUGCCGUCGACUCUAGCGGCUUCGGCAACCACGGAGUCGGGCCAGUGGCGGGGCAUUCGGGGUUUAGCGGCGUCGGGAGCUCGGCAUACUUCCGGAAGAAUUUCGUCUACCUUCCGGAUACCAAGUCGCUGCGGUCAAACGAGUUCAGCGUGGCGCUGUUCGUGUUCUUCCUGAAGGACGAGGAAUCAGCUGCGAGUGCCGAUAAAGUUAACGACUACUGCCCGCUCGUCCACAAAGGAAUCCGCACGGCCGCGCUCAGUGAGUGCGCCCCGGAAAUCGCAGUUAACCCCAAGGACGGCCGUGUGCGCGUCCUGCUGUCAGUGGAGUCCAGCCAAACUAUGGAGGUCGAGUCCAACUGCAGGCUUCAACCGCACCAGUGGUACCAUAUCGCUGUGGUGAAGGACAAGUCUUCCUUGACAUUGUAUAUAAACGCAUACGUGCGAUACAACCCGCUGCCGCUUUACGUCGGAGCGUCGCCGUACAUGGGCAAGUGUGAUAUGCCCGUGCUCAUAGAUGAGCUGUCGUUCUAUACCAAGGCCCUGGGGCGCGACGAGGUACAGGCCGAAGCCUCCGCCGUUCUUGGUGGCGUGGAGCCCUCGUACGUCGCCAUCGGCUGCAUCAACUGCGGAAAGGAGGAAGCCAUGAAAUCGUGCCCGCAAGGCUACCACCUAUGCAACAAGUUCGAGCUGUACACGGGUAUGUACAAAACUACGUUAUGGUUCAUGCCAGUGUCAGGCGGGUACGGAGCUGCGCUCAGGCUGUCCAUACCAGCCAACAGAAUCAUGGCCGCCGCCAGCGCGGAGCCCUCGACAGGUGUAGCGCUGUGCUGCGCUAAUCUCCAAAACUGA